AUGACUAGAAAAUCAAAACGCAUCCCGACGGCAAAUCGCCAUCUAAGCACUCCAUCCGUGAACGCGAAGCAAAGUAAACCGGGACAAAAGACGAGUCCGAAAUCAACUCGAAGUACUUCAAAGAAACUCAAUACCGGCAUCAGUUGGAUCUUCUUGGACAAUACUUUGGUUUAG